AUGAGUUUUCAAUGGACUUUUCUGGCGACAUUUCUCUAUUGUGAAAUUGUCGUUGUUAUUAUUCUACUUUUGCCAUUUAUUUCACCAGUAACUUGGCGAAAAUUUUUUAAGUCAAGAUUUGCACAAGCAUUUACAGCUGGAGCGAAAUAUUAUUUUAAUUUUAUAAUAUGUAUAUUCGGUUUAUUAUUUCUCGAUUCAAUUCGUGAAUUAAGAAAAUAUUCUACAGUUGAAGCGAAAGAUUUAUCAACACCACAUGGUGAAGCACAUGCACAUAUGAAACAAUUUCGUUCACAAAGAAAUUUUUAUAUUGCUGGUUUUGCUCUUUUUCUUUGGUUUGUGAUUAAACGUUUAAUUACUCUUUUAUCGGAUGUUGCACGUCAAAUGGCUGAUUCAGCUGCAGCACGUAAACAAGCUGAAGGUGCUCAUCGUCAUUUAGAAGGACUUAUGACAAAUGAUCAAUCAAAACUUGAUCCUCGAGAAAUUCCAGUUUCACCAGAUGAAUCGUCACGUUUUAUUGAUCCAAAAAAACAUGAUGCUGAAAUCGAAAAAUAUAAACAAGAAAUACUGAAAGCAAGUGAAGAUAUUGAUACAUUACGUGAACAAUACGAUAAUUCAAUUAAAGACUAUGAUAAACUUUGUGAAGAACAUCAGAAGUUACAAAAUAAAUUGGCUGUUUUGUCAGAAAAUGAAUCAGCAAAGGACAAAUAA